AUGGUGCUUCUUUCUGAUUGGCAAGCGUUCGUGCUUGCAGUCAGAGACAUGUUCGUCCACAGUCCAAACACGACGAGAUGCACGAUGAAAUACAAGAGACAAUCCGCUGAGCUCACCGUGAAGGUGACCGACAAUGUAACGUGCCUCAAGUACAGAGCAACAGAUCCGGCGGAGUUGAAGAACGUCGACCGCUUUGGCCGGUCCUUCAUGCAGUGGACACUGCAGCCUUCUUCGGCUUCGGGGAACCUCCCUCUGGAUUUCCUUCCGUCCGAUGUAUUUAUCUCUAGGAGUAACUAUUUGUUUACGGCAGUUCUUUGA